GGUGCGUCCAUUCCGGGUGGGGCCAUACUUUGCACGGGAGACUUUCGGGCGGAUGACCGCUUGAUUUCUCGUUUUAAUAACGACCCUUCAUUUGUGAAGCUCGCUAACACGUAUAUAUCCAAGAUUUACCUCGAUAACACUCACUUGGAUCACAGCAACCAAUCUUUUCCAAACAGAAUGGAAGCUGAGAAGAUAUUGAUGGCAGAAAUGGAGAAACUUCACGAGUGCUCCAUAUUGAUACCGGUGUUCAAACUUGGACGAGAGGAAAUACUCGAGAGGCUCAGUCAAACGUUUUCGGAAGUCAUAUCAACUAGCAGUCAACGUCUUAGUGUGAGGAAGGCUUGUGGACUGAAAGGUGGCGAGUUCAGCGAGGAAGAUGAUAGCACUGCACGGAUACGUACGUCCCAAAGGCAUCCAAAGCAGGUGCUGAACACGUUGAAAAAGAUGCCCAGCCCGAAAGUCGUCGUUGAUCUCUCCGUUAGGGACGAUUAUAAAGGAAUAGUGAAGGAAAAGUUGGUUUCCAUUCCAUUCUCCGAUCAUUCCUCACGUACUGAGAUUGUCACGUUCUUAUCAAGGCUUCGAUUUGGCGAGCUCAUUCCCACAAGUGCGUCUAUGGAUUCAGCAACAACGCUGGAGUUGAUGAAACUGUCUCGCGAAUCGUGUCGCCCGUCGAGCUCAUGUCCAAAUGCUGCUAUUCAGACGACUUCGAAUUGUGGACCAGCCCAACUGGGCGAAAAGGAAGUACUCGCUGCGCCUGCUCCAGUACUGAAGUUCUCCAUGUCGCCUUUACCACCCGCUGACAUGAGCGUUUUUCGAGUCGAGAGUAGCACUGGCGUCAUCGACCUGAGGUCGUUUGCACCGCGCCCUAAUCCGCUGUGCUACACGCCGCCCACAAUACGCCAUGCAAUCAAAAUAUGUGAUAUGCAUGGGAAUGAAAUCAAAUGA